AUGUGUGACGACGAGGUUGCCGCUCUUGUAGUUGACAAUGGAUCCGGUAUGUGCAAAGCUGGAUUCGCCGGAGACGAUGCUCCACGUGCUGUUUUCCCAUCAAUUGUCGGAAGACCACGUCAUCAAGGAGUCAUGGUUGGUAUGGGACAAAAAGACUCGUAUGUUGGAGAUGAAGCUCAAUCCAAGAGAGGUAAAACAAUUAGAAAUUCUCGGUCAGAAAACAAAAGAUUAUGAAUUAUUUUAGGUAUCCUCACCUUGAAAUACCCAAUUGAACACGGUAUUGUCACCAACUGGGAUGAUAUGGAAAAGAUCUGGCAUCACACUUUCUACAAUGAGCUCCGUGUUGCUCCAGAAGAACAUCCAGUUCUCCUCACUGAAGCCCCACUUAACCCAAAGGCUAACAGAGAAAAGAUGACCCAAAUCAUGUUCGAAACCUUCAACACCCCAGCCAUGUAUGUUGCCAUCCAAGCCGUCCUUUCGCUUUACGCUUCCGGACGUACCACCGGAGUUGUUCUUGAUUCCGGAGAUGGUGUUACCCACACUGUCCCAAUCUACGAAGGUUAUGCUCUUCCACACGCUAUCCUCCGUCUUGAUUUGGCUGGACGUGAUUUGACUGAUUACUUGAUGAAGAUCCUCACCGAACGUGGUUACUCAUUCACCACCACCGCUGAAAGAGAAAUUGUCCGUGAUAUCAAGGAAAAACUCUGCUAUGUUGCCCUUGACUUCGAACAAGAAAUGGCCACUGCUGCUUCAUCAUCAUCCCUUGAGAAAUCUUAUGAACUUCCUGACGGACAAGUCAUCACCGUCGGAAACGAAAGAUUCCGUUGUCCAGAAGCCCUCUUCCAAGUAAGUUUAUUUAAAUUCUCAAAAAAAAACAAUUGAACAUUCCUAACUCUAAAUCAAUUUCAGCCAUCAUUCUUGGGUAUGGAAUCAGCUGGAAUUCACGAGACUUCAUACAACUCAAUCAUGAAGUGUGAUAUUGAUAUCCGUAAGGAUUUGUAUGCUAACACAGUUCUUUCUGGAGGUACCACCAUGUACCCAGGAAUUGCUGAUCGUAUGCAAAAGGAAAUCACCGCUCUUGCUCCAAGGUAAAUUAAUUAAUUUUCAAAAUAAUUUCGAACUUAUUCUAAUUUGUUUCUUUUUUCAGCACAAUGAAGAUCAAGAUCAUCGCCCCACCAGAGCGUAAAUACUCUGUCUGGAUCGGAGGAUCAAUCUUGGCUUCCCUCUCAACCUUCCAACAAAUGUGGAUCUCGAAACAAGAAUACGACGAAUCCGGCCCAUCAAUUGUCCACCGCAAAUGCUUCUAA